AUGACGCAGGCCCCCAGCGAGGCCGGCCGGCCGGCUUCGCCCUUCCCUCUUCGCCAGGCCCCGCCGCCGGAGGAAGCAGGGCCACUGCUGCCCGGGCUGGACCUGGGGGCGGACCUGGCCGCGCGGGCGCAGCGUCUGCCGGCCCUGGCCCGGCGGACCCUGCGGCUGUUCCUGGCCGGCCGGCUGAGCCGGCUGGAGUACCAAAACCGCAUGGGCUGCAUCUUGAUGGAUGCGGCCGCGGCGCGGAGCAUCGCCGCGGCGGCGGCCGGGCUGGAGGUCCGCGCGGCCCUGUCGGCGGGGCCCGGCCCCGCGCGCGGCCCGGCGGCGGUGCCGACGCGCCCGCGCCGGCGCGACGUGCGCCUCAUGGUGCGCGAGUGGAACGACGUCAUCUUGCAAAUCCUGGCCGCCGUACGGCGGCUCUUCCUGGCCGCGCGGCCGCGGGUUCUCGAGCCCGGCCCGGGGCGCGGGUCGGCCGCCGGGCCGGGCGGGGCGCUGCUCGGCCCCGGCGGCCCCGGGCACCCGGGCCCCGGGGGGCUGCUCCUGGCCGGCGGCGGUGCUGGCGGCCACUCCGCCGGGCCGCUGGUCCUGGGGGCGUCACUGGCCCCGGGGCUGGAGGCGCUGCGCGCGCUGCUGCUGGAGGCGGGCGUCGCCUCGGCGGAUCUGGCCGGGCUGACGCUGCCGGCCGUGGCCGCCCUCCAGCGCAUGCACCAGACCCUGGAGUGGUGCGGGGCCGGCGUGCCGCCGGCCAUUGGCCGGGCCUCCAGUAGCGGCAGCCGCAGCAGCAGCAGCAACAGCCGCCGGAGGCUCCUGGCCCCGGCCCGGUCCAUAGCCCGGCUGGACCCGCGCGACCGGGGGUUCCUGGUGCGCCGGGCGCGCGCGCUGCUGGACCCCGCCGGGGCCGGGACGCCGGCCGCGCUGGACCGAGCGCUGGCCCUGCUGGACAGCCGCCACGGCCAGCAGGUGGGCCUGCUCGGGACCCUGUCACCGGCGGCCACCGCCGGGCUGGCGGGCUCGACGCCCGAGCGCCUGGGGUUGGGCGGUGCGGGCGCCGCCCCGGGCCCGGCCGGCCCCGGCACCGGGCCCCCCCCGCCGCCGCCCGGGCAGUAUGUGGUCCCGGCGCACGACGCCCCGAUCGGCGCCCCGUGGAGUCUGGACCGGCCGCCGGACGCGGUGUGGUCGGCCGGCGGCGGGACCAGCCUCUGGGAAUCGGCCUUCGCCCUGUCGGCGCCGCAAUUGGCCCUGCGGCAUGGCGAUCCGGCGGCGCCCCGGCCCUGGUGGUGGACGGUCGGCUCGACGCUCGAGGAGGACCUGGCCCGGCUGGCCGGCGCCCCGGCCGGCGACCCGUCGGAUGAGGGGUCCUCGCCGGCGCCACCGCCAGGCGACGGGGGCUUUGUCCCGGGCAUGGCCCUGGCCGGGCUGGUGGGCCGGUGCCUGGGCCCGGCCGCCGCCGCCGAGGGGGUGUCCCUCCCGCCGGCCGGCAGCCUCAGUCGCCUGGAGCUCGAGAGCCUGCUGGGCCGGGCGCUGGAUGUGUUCGUGCGUGGCCGCGUGGAGGCCCUGCUGGGGGCGGUGUACCUGCCGCCGGGGCGCCGGUCGGUGUGCCUCGGCCGGCGCACGGUCGCCGCCGCGGCCGACGUCUUCCCGGUGGCCGGCUCCCGCCAGGCCACCAGCCACCUGGCCAUGGCGCUGCACCUGGCGGCCGAGGGCAACUCCCCGGCGGCGCCCCGCCGCGACCCGGCCUUCUACCGGUCCCGGGCGCGCCCCAUCAGCCGGCACCGGCUGUUCGGCCGGCUGUGA